GCCCGGUGGAGUCGGGGGCCCGGGCGGGUACGCCCCGCCGCCUAGUGAGCGCCCGGGCGGCGCGGCCCGGGACCGAAACAGCCACGCCAGGCCCGAGGAGAACGGGGCCAAGGUAUCUGAGAUGCCGCUGCCCCAGAAGAAGCGCUGGGUGUCCAUGGCCAAGGGGCUGGUGCUGGGAGCGCUCUUCACCAGCCUUCUGCUGCUGCUGUACUCCUAUGCUGCCCCCCCACUGCACACUGGCCUGGCCUCCACCAGGACCCCAGAGGGCACAGCGCCCUGCUCCCCGGCGCCAGGUGAGCCCGAGGCUCUGACCCCGGCCAACGGCUCUGCGGGAGGGUGCCAGCCUCGACGUGACAUCGUGUUCAUGAAGACGCACAAGACGGCCAGCAGCACGCUGCUCAACAUCCUGUUCCGCUUUGGCCAGAAGCACGGGCUCAAGUUCGCCUUCCCCAAUGGCCGCAACGACUUCGACUACCCGGCCUUCUUCGCUCGCAGCCUGGUGCAGGACUACCGGCCCGGGGCCUGCUUCAACAUCAUCUGCAACCACAUGCGCUUCCACUACGAGGAGGUACGCGGUCUGGUGCCGCCCAACGCCACGUUCAUCACCGUGCUCCGCGACCCCGCCCGCCUCUUCGAGUCCUCCUUCCACUACUUCGGCUCGGUGGUGCCCUUCACGUGGAAGCUCUCGGGCAGCGACAAGCUGGCCGAGUUCCUGCAGGACCCAGACCGCUACUAUGACCCCAACGGCUACAACGCCCACUACCUCCGCAACCUGCUCUUCUUCGACCUGGGCUACGACAGCGGCCUGGACCCCGGCAACCCGCAGGUGCAGGAGCACAUCCUGGAGGUGGAGCGCCGCUUCCACCUGGUGCUCCUGCAGGAGUACUUCGACGAGUCCCUGGUGCUGCUCAAGGACCUGCUGUGCUGGGAGCUGGAGGACGUGCUCUACUUCAAGCUCAACGCCCGCCGCGCCUCGGCCGUGCCGCGCCUCUCCGGGGAGCUGUACCGGCGCGCCACGGCCUGGAACGUGCUGGACGCCCGCCUCUACCGCCACUUCAACGCCAGCUUCUGGCGCAAGGUGGAGGCCUUCGGGCGGGAGCGCAUGGCCCGCGAGGUGGCCACCCUGCGGCGCGCCAACGAGCGCAUGCGGCGCAUCUGCAUCGACGGGGGCCGAGCCGUGGACGCCGCCGCCAUCCAGGACUCGGCCAUGCAGCCCUGGCAGCCUCUGGGCGCCAAGUCCAUCCUCGGCUACAACCUCAAGAAGAGCAUCGGGCAGCGGCACGCGCAGCUCUGCCGUCGCAUGCUCACGCCUGAGAUCCAGUACCUGAUGGACCUCGGCGUCAACCUGUGGGUCACGAAGCUCUGGAAGCUCAUCCGGGACUUUCUGAGGUGGUGACAUCCCGCCCACCGGCAGCCCCCUCUGCCCGCUGGAUCGCUGAGGAGGGGCUGGGCGGGGGCCGGCCAGCCUUCCCUGUGUCCUCCUGGUGCCCCCCCAGCUCUGGGGGGAAUGAGGUGGGGCUGCUGCGGGGGUGCGGCCAGCCGGGACUGGGCCCACGGCACACAGGGCCUCAGAUCAGUAUUUGCUUAUUCUAGCCUUUUUUUAAGAAUUAAAUCCCCUUCCCUCCAAGGAAGAAUGUUCU